CUUCGCGGCAGCCGUCUCAGCAGCACCCACAGCGACAUGGUCCCUUUAAGAAAAAGCGGGCGACCUUGACGGCCUUUCCCGGCACAUGACGCGAGAGGAACAGAAAAAAAAGGGGAAGUCUCCUGUAUACAUGUCACUUCCGUGCGCUCUCUAGCCCGCCCAGAAGGGCUUUCUGAUUGGCUGAGAAAAAAACCGUGACCACGUGCCAUAACUUUUAAACGAAAGAAAGCGCGCUCGCCUUCGCGAAGAUUGUCGCCUCGGCCCUGUCGUCACGUGAUCAAGGUCAACCUUUCUCAGGACUCCAGUGGGCGCUGGUUGUUCAGGCCGGCGGUUGCUAAGCAACGGAGGCGGCUGGGGCCUAGUUGAAUGGAUGCAAAGUUGGGUUUGAGUCCAGUAGCGGCGGUGCCUUAGUGGCCAACAAGAUUUUCAGGAGAAAGAGAUCCAUGAUAGAGUCUUAAGAUGGACGCCACUCUGCCAGCCGUGGGGGAAGAAUUGCUGAGAGAGAUAGAAAAAGUUUUUCAAGAGACUUCACGUGUCCCUGACGACCUCCUCUCGGCGCUUAAAUUCAUUUUUGGGGCUUCUGCUGUGCCUGCCCUGGACUUGGCUGAUCACCAGUCAGUCACGCGGAUCGUGUCUCCCAGUGGAAGGACUGUGUAUCAGGUGCUCGGCAGCUCCGGCAAGCUCUACACUUGUUACGCCUCCUGCCAUUUCUGUUCUUGCCCGGCUUUUGCAUUCUCUGUCCUGCGCAAGGGGGACAGCCUUCUGUGCAAGCACCUUCUUGCCAUCUACCUGAGCCGGGCGCUGGGCACAUGCCACGAGCUCACCGUUUCCAACAAGCAGCUGACCCGCCUCUUACUGAUGGACGAAAGCUUCAGCUUGAGUUAGAGAGAGAUGAGAGCGAGGCUUCAGAGCUGAGGGUCUGGGUACAGGAGGGUGGAACCCAAAGGGGGUGGGGGAACUGCAUUCUGUGGAUGUCUUUUUCUUCCUUCUUGUUCUCCACCCAAAUGGCCUCUGCAGAGAAAUUGGAGCACCUAUCUUAGUGCACUGUUUUCAGUAUUCUAUAAGGAACAAAAUGCACCGGAUUAAACUCUGCACGUAUUUGUUGUAUUCUGGAUAGAGAGAGAGGUCUGGGAACUCUCCAGGAACGCCAACUCCGCAUGCUUCCCCAUACAGAGAAGGUGGGUGCAGACUUUGUCUUUCUGAGAAUUUCUGCUUGUAUUUAGCUUGUAUUUAAAUAAACAGACAAGCAGGAGGCUUCUGGCCCGAAUGAGACUAUGAA